CUUUUGGUCAGAAAGGUAUUAUUGCGCGAUAACAACGUGAUCUUGCAACAAUUGCCUUAAUAUUAUGAUUUUGUUUACGCAAAACAUAGCAUAGAAACAACAGGGGUACUUAUUUAUUAGAACAGAUUAAUUCUACAAAAUAAUCAAGAAUGGAAGAUGAAGAAGAACAGCAAAAUGAGAAAUUAGCUUUGGAAUCGAUGUUUGAGAAUGAAGAAAUCCAAUUCUUCAAAGAGGAAGGUCGUAUGUCGGGAAAUAUUGCCGUAAACACUUACUUAGAAAAUAGUUUAACGAUAGAGUGCAGUGAUGAUGCAAAAUACCUUCAGUAUAAGAAUAAACAAGACGGAAAAUUGAAGUUAAAGUUUCUACCUCCAGUUGAACUUCAAUUCAGCUUGCCACCAAAUUAUCCGUCUUCAGCCCCUCCCAUAUAUACCUUAAUUUGCAAAUGGCUUAAUAAUGAACAAUUUAAUAAAGUUUGCAAGCAAUUCGACGAUAUAUGGACCGAUUCAGAGGGUCAGGUUGUUCUUUACAGGUGGAUUAACUAUCUACAAAAUGAUCUUUUGAAUACAUUGGAAAUUAGCAACACUAUAAACUUUACAAGCUGCAAUACAGAUUUAAAUAAAAAGGCUGUCAAUUUUAACCUCUCACCGGAGGAAAUUGUUGAAUAUGUAUUGGAACAUAAUAAACAAACACUGGAGAUAGAAUUUGAAAAUAGUUUGCACGAUUGCGCAAUUUGUUUUGAAUCUAUGUCAGGAAGGAAUUGUUUCCGAUUUAUACCCUGUGAUCAUGCAUUCUGUAAUAAUUGUAUAACAGAUUAUUUCCGAGUACUUAUCGAUGAAGGGAGUGUUAAUAAUCUUGUAUGUCCAAGUGAUAAGUGCGAGAGCGAGGCUCUUCCUCAACAAGUUAAAAAAUGUCUUUCAGAAGGCUUGUUCGAAAGGUACGAAAGACUUUUACUGCAAUAUGCCAUCGAUCAAAUGGAUAAUAUUAUAUUCUGUCCCCGAUCAUGGUGCGGAACCCCAGUUCUUUUCGGCUCCAAUGAGAACUAUGAAGAAUGUCCUAAAUGCCAUUACGUUUUCUGCAGAAUAUGUAAGAGAGCCAGCCACGGUGUUAAUUCAUGUACUAUACGUCCAGAAGACAUGCAGAGUAUACGAGAUGCUUAUUUAAAAGCUAAUAGUUCCGAAAAAGCUGCUUUAGAAAGAGAAUAUGGGCAAAAAACUAUUAAAAAAUUGAUUGAGGAAAUGUCCAGUAAUGAAUGGUUGAAAGAAAAUAGUAAGAAAUGCCCCAACUGUAGAACAUUUAUUCAAAAAGCUAGCGGAUGUAACAGGAUGCAAUGCUGGAAAUGCCGUCAAAACUUCUGCUGGAUUUGCAAUAAAGUUUUAAAUAAAUAUUCUCCAUAUACACAUUUUACAGAUCAUCAAUCACCAUGCUAUAAUCAACUAUUUCAAGGAAUGGUUUUGGAAGACGACGACGAUGAAGAAGACGAUGAAUUUCUUUAA